AAAAAUCAAUAGAUAAAGUGCAUCGGAUCGAAAGAAGAAGAAAAAGAUCAUACAACGAUAUCGAACACACGAGACUCGUCGAAUCCAGACCUCAAGACAAAGCCCACUGCCCAGCCCCGAACACACAAAGCAGCGCAAUGGCACCCACAUUCGCCCUCUCAUCACCUUGUCCGCUAUAUUUGCAUUUGCGAUACCGACUACGGUCCCUGGCCCAGUCAUGUUGAGAUACGCAUCUCCGCUGAGUCUCCUUCUCCUCGGGUUUUGCCAGCUCCUUCCCAGUCCUCUCCAGGUAUACGACAUGCUCCCCGAUUCAUCUCUCCAUCUCUUCGACUUUGACGACUUCAGAUCCUCCGAGCCCGUCUUUGUCGUCGUCGGGUGGUAGAGCUGCGUGUGCAAGCUCGAGGUCGCGUGCUGUGGCGGCGAAGCGUUCGGAAAGGAUCUUGAGGCGGCAGAGGGAUGUUGGCGAACGUAUAAUCCAUACGCCCACUCGGUCUCUCCAAGAGCGGAGACAUAGUGCCCUCUGACCCGACGUCUGAACUCUUGUGACAUACCGUGGAUGUGGGCGAUGAUGAAGAUAGGUUAGAUGUGCUGUGGUUCGAGUGUGGGCUAAACGUGGUUAUAGCGUGCAGCUGGCGUAGAUCUGCGCACGAGCACCGUUGGCGGUGAGGGAGAGUGCAAGCAUGUCGACAAUGCAAAAAACCCGCGAACGCGAUCUCGAGUUGAAACCCAGAUCGAUCUGAUCUCGGCCUCCUUCUACCACUAAAGGAAAAUAUGUACCAAAAACCAAGGACACAGCCUAUAGCACUUCAAAAAGCUACGGGGCGGGGGAACAGAGGAGAGGGGAAGAAAGAGGAGGGAAG